AUUGUUAUUGAUUUGUUGCAAGCAUGGAUGUCGACAAGAUAUCGUGUCCGCUAUGCGGCAAGGAUUUUGCCUCGUCUGUCAUCGAAGCUCACGCCAGCAAAUGUUGUUUUCUGAACGAAACCGCGUCGGACAAAGACAAGUGGACCAGUUGGGACAAAAUUUUGUUGAGGGACUCUAGUCCAAACAAUAGAGGCGGUAAAUUGUUGAAAGACUCGAGUCCCAGCAACAGAAGCGGCAAAUUGUUAAAAGACUCGAGUCCCAGCAGUAGAAGCGGCAAAUUGUUAAAAGACUCGAGUCCCAGCAGUAGAAACAAUAAAUUGUUGAAAGACUCGAGUCCCAGCAGUAGAAACAAUAAAUUGUUGAGAGACUCGAGUCCCAGCAGUAGAAACAAUAAAUUGUUGAAAGACUCGAGUCCCAGCUGUAAAAAUAUUAAUUUGAAAUCGGCACAUGUGAAACGAGCCAAUUCAUUAGAUUUACCCCAAAAGAGGAAAAGUUCUUUGGAUCAGAGUUUUCUGGAAGAGGAAGAUCUUAAAGUUGACUUACCAGAAAAAAGUGUAACUAUUACAAACAAAGGAUGCAAGAAAUUACGUGGAAACGAAUGCACGCCUCUUGCAGAACAGAUGAGACCCACGUCAUUACUGAACUUUGUCGGCCAGAAACACAUUCUUGGACCAAAUACUAUGCUCUCGGAGCUCCUGCAAAAGGGAGAGAUUCCCAACAUGAUUCUCUGGGGUCCGCCUGGAUGUGGCAAAACGUCUUUAGCCAACGUAAUCGCGCACAUGUGCAAGAAUGACGCGAGUCGCAAGCUCCGAUAUGUCAAACUCUCAGCGGCGAUGGCUGGCGUUCAGGAGCUGAAGGAAGUCAUCAGCAUCGCCGCAAAUCAUGCCAAAUUCGCUCAGCGCACAAUAGUGUUCAUGGACGAGAUACACAGGUUCAAUAAAACUCAGCAAGAUGUGUUUUUGCCGCACGUAGAAUCUGGGACCAUCACUUUGAUCGGCGCGACAACGGAAAAUCCUUCAUUCAGUUUGAAUUGCGCAUUGUUGAGUCGGUGCAGAGUGAUCGUUCUGCACAAGUUGUCCGUCGCGAAUCUGAUCUCGAUCUUGAGACGCGCAGUAAUUUCACUGAAGGGCAUAAUACACGAGUUUGAUAAACGCGAAAGCGAUCAAGCGAAAGAAGGUACAUCGAGAGAAGAUAAGAUCAAAAUGGAACCAUCCCACAACACGAAGUUCAUUAUAGACGAGCGGACAAUAGAGUGGCUGGGUGAGACCUGCGACGGUGAUGCGCGAAUAGCUCUGGGAGGGUUGGAACUGGCUGUGCGAUGCAAGGCGCCGAAUGAAGAGGAAUUAUUGAGCGUCGGUCCGGCCAUAAUAACGUUGAACGAUAUCGAGGAAAUUUUAAAGAAGACUCACAUGUUGUACGAUAAGAAGGGCGAUCAACAUUACGACAUGAUUUCCGCGUUACACAAGUCGGUCCGAGCCAGCGACGAGAACGCUUCGCUUUACUGGCUGACCAGAAUGAUAUCCGGCGGUGAAGAUCCGGUCUAUAUCGCGCGAAGAUUAGUGAGAAUGGCCAGCGAAGACAUCGGCCUAGCUGAUCCGAAAGCUCUCGGAAUAGCGAUGCACACAAUGCACGGUUGCAAAAUGAUUGGAAUGCCUGAGUGCGAUGUUCUCCUGGCGCAAUGCACAACGUAUCUAGCGAGAGCUCCGAAGUCUAGACUAAUGGACAACGCACUUAGAGCUGCACAAAGAGUGGUAGCCGAGCACAAGGGUCCGCAGCCAGGAGUGCCCUUGUACCUGAGAAACGCCCCCACAAGACUCAUGAAGGACUUGGGACACGGAAAGGGAUACAAUAUGAGGCAGAAAGAUGAAUCGGGACUGAGUUAUUUGCCGGAAGGGCUGGAAAAUCUAGAUUUCUUCGGAGAUAACGAUGAUACAAUGUGAAAGUUUCAUGUAAUUUUUUUUUCUUUUUUUGUACUGUAGUAUAUUUUUGUUCUAAUAUUGCGUUACCACUAGAGAAUUAAUGCUGUAUUUUUUUAUUUUGUACUUUAUCAGAUAGAGAGAGAACUUUUUUCACAGAAGCUUGAGUAUCAUGAACAUUGAUGUGUAAGUAAAGUAAAAUCGUGAUGUAAUGUACAGUAUAUGGAUGUAUAUAUGUAAAUCUAUAAAACUAAAAGCGAACUGUUAUCAACACACAAUAAUACAUACAGAGAAUAUGUAUAUAAAUAGGAAGCAUUGGGUUAUCGUUGCUCAUCGAAUACGUUUAAAUAUUGUAUCGAUUUCACACAAAAACAAAUUGAAGAUUCAGUAACAAUUAUUUGUUCUAUUAUAUGACACAACGUAAAGUUUCAAUUCUUCA